AAAUUCUCGACCUUUUUUUCUCUUAAGCAAUAAGGGGCAGCCAUGGUCACUCCUCUGCUCUCCUCCCUGCAACCCCUCAGUCCUCAAACCCUAGCCUUUUCUUUUUCAGAAUAACAUCACCUCUGCGACCCAAUCAAAGGCAAUAUUUUUUAUCUCAAGAAGUUUUAAUGGAAGAGAAUAUACUACCUUUAGCAUAUAUUAAGCCCUCGAAACCCUAGCAUCGCUUCCUCAUCAAUGGACGCCCGUCGAGCUUCGAGAAUGGUGAUCGAUCCCAAAGUGCGUCAGGUCGGCUUCGUAACCCCUGGGGCGCCACCUGAACGGACACAGCCCGGCCAGGUCGAGUCCUUGUCGCCGCCUAUAUCUGACAUGUCGCCGGCCGGGAACUCCCUUUCUCCUGUCAUGAUUCCUCCUGCCCGUCACGCCUCCGAUAACCUCUCAUCUUCAUUGGCUCUUAGUUCAUCUCGCGCGCUUCCCGUUGCAGUCCCUAUGUCUCCAAUCCGGAGGCCUUCAAUAGGUGACAACCUCAACAUUCCACUUGGGAGCUACAAUCCUUCGGAAUCGCUGCUGGGGACCUCUCCUUCACCUUCCAGUAAGUUUAAUGAUGGUGAAUUCUCCGAGGAUCUGUCGACCUCGGGCUGGUAUGUUAGGGGAAAUCCUGGUAAAGUUGCCUCAUCUUUUCCGAGUGGUGGAUUCGAUACCACGGCAAUGAAAUCGAGUAAUAUUACAGGGAUGAACAAUUUGACAACCGUUUCCACGGUGAAAAUGCCGUUCGGGGUGUCUGAAAAAAGUGGAACAAUGGAUGUACAAAAUGAGCCGAUGGGAGGUUCAAAACCAUUGAAGGAGAAAACAUCAAAAGCUGAAAGGCGUGCCCUUCAAGAGUCUCAACGAGCUGCAAAAGCUGCUGCAAAAGCUGAGGGAAGUAAGGCUGCUCCAGCUUCUGGAGGUGCAACUUCAGCAAAUGCAAAACCAGCUAAAGCUGUGAAGGCUCCACAAAAGAAAGAUAAUGCUUCAGUAGCAACUUCUGAUAAGAAGGGUGGUGAUCGCCCACCUGAAAAAGAUAGAAAGAAAGAUGCUCCUCAUCCACGCAUGCAAUUUGAUGAUAUGCAACGGGUUGAAAAGGCUAAAAGGCGUUCAGUAGUCAAGCAGGCUGAAGCUAAAAAUAGAGUUGAACUAUUUAGACAUUUGCCCCAGUAUGAACAUGGAACUCAGCUUCCUAAUCUUGAGUCAAAGUUUUUUCAACUUGAGCCGAUGCAUCCUUCUGUUUACAAGGUUGGAUUGCGAUAUUUGGCAGGAGAUAUAUAUGGUGGUAAUGCACGUUGCAUUGCAAUGCUUCGGGCUUUCAAGGAGGCCAUUAAUGAUUACAGAACUCCACCAGAAAAAGCUCUUGUUAGAGAUCUAACUGCAAAAAUUAGCAGUUAUGUUUCCUUUCUGAUUGAAUGUAGGCCCCUUUCAAUCAGCAUGGGAUAUGCAAUUAGAUUCUUAAAGAACCGAAUUGCGAAAUUACCUUUAACAUUUUCUGAGUCAGAAGCAAAAGCAACUCUUUGUUCAGAUAUAGAUCGCUUUAUAAAUGAGAAGAUAAUACUUGCAGACAAAGCAAUAGUCAAGCAUGCUGUAACAAAGAUUAGGGAUGGAGAUGUACUUCUCACAUAUGGCUCAUCUUGUGUCGUGGAAAUGGUACUUUUGUAUGCUCAUGAGCUAGGAAAACGUUUCCGUGUUGUGGUAGUAGACUCACGCCCAAAGCUUGAAGGGAAAGCCUUACUACGACGGUUGGUUGCUAAGGGCCUCAGCUGUACAUAUACACAUAUAAAUGCCAUCUCUUAUAUCAUGCAUGAAGUAACAUUGGUUUUUCUUGGGGCUUCAUCAGUUUUCUGUAACGGAACAGUUUAUUCAAGGGUUGGAACUGCAUGUGUAGCCAUGGUUGCUCAUGCAUUCCAUGUUCCGGUCUUAAUAUGCUGUGAAGCAUACAAGUUUCAUGAAAGGGUGCAGCUGGACUCAAUUUGCUCUAAUGAACUUGGCGAUCCUGAUGCUAUUUCAAAGGUUCCCGGAAGAAAAGAUGUCAAUCAUUUGGAGAAUUGGACUAAUAAUGAAAAUUUGCAACUUCUGAAUCUUAUGUAUGAUGCAACACCUUCAGAUUAUGUGUCCAUGAUUGUCACAGAUUAUGGCAUGGUUCCUCCCACAAGCGUGCCAGUCAUUGUACGGGAAUACCGAAGAGAACACCUAUGGAUGUAGUAGCUCUCACUUGGUCCGUUCGAUUAUUGAAUCAUGAAAUACUUUGCACUCUUCUGUUUCCAUACGAAAAUUUCUCUACUGGCCUGGGAUCAUGUGGUUGGGAUAAUAAGACUUCUGUGAGCCAUGUCAUUUAGGUCCUUUCUUCCUUCUCCCUUUUGGAAUAAUUUUUCAUGCCUCGUCGGAUUUUCUAGUGAUUUCAGUUUUUUCCUGGCUUUCUUAAGCUGACUCUGUGAAGAGUGCGAUUUCUUCGUCUCUCCAGGCAGUUUUUUUUGGAUGUGUUUCUGUUGUAAUGAGUUCAUUUAACUAAUUUUCCCCUCGUAAUUUUUCUUAUAGCAUACCAUUCGUAUACAGAUUAUCUAGAAUGAAGAAUUACAGGCGUGACUCCUGUAUGUGUAUGGUUGUGACAUGGUUUUAAACUUUUAAUAUUUGGCAGUUUCAGGAUAUAUCAAGAAAUUCUUAUUUGGCAUGGGUAA